AUAUUGUUCUAGUACAUACCGACUGUCAUAUUGUCAUAGAACAUUCCUUCUGUAAAGUUUUUUCAUAGUACAUGCCCAUUGUACAGUAUUCUCCUAAUAUUGUAUUCUGUAUUUAUUCACAAGGUAUAUCCUGCACUUGCUAAUUGCACUUCUGGUUAGACCUAAACUACAUUUCGUUACACUGUACUUGUAUAUGUGUGAUGACAAUAAAGUUGCAUCUAAUCUAAUCUAAAGAAUAUCAUUGUACUCGGUUCUUUACUUAUUUGACUGAAAAUGUCAAAACAAGCCACACAGUUGUCGGUUCGAGUCCCAGAAAGAAUGCAUACCUAAAUAAAAACUUCGACACUUGGAUAAAACCUGUCUACUAAAUGUAUAAAUACAUGCAUUUCAAUAGGAUUUGACCAAACGUCUGCUACUAAGAAAAUAAUCCAAAAUUUCUCUCAUUUAACAAUGCAAAGAAUGCAAGGUUCAUGUUUGCUUUUAGCAGCAUGGCAUACUUUAAACCCCCCCUUGCCCCAAAUAAAUGUGAAUUUAUACCACAAGCACUUUCGAUAGACAUAGAGUUGAAAAAGUAAGCUAACAAUGAAGAUCCCUGCGGCUCUAAAUAUGUUCUUAUUGCUCUGUUUUGGGGCUUUGCUGGCUCAUGGUUUAAUUACGCCAGAAAAACGUAACAAUAUUGAAGAAAGACUGAGAGUCACAGAGACCAUUCUGGGUGAAUUGAAGAGAGAGAACGAAGCUUUGAGGAGUUUUACACAAGCCUUAGAGAUCAAGUUUGAAUCUUUACAAGCAAAGAAUACAGCUUUGAGGAGUUCAACACAAGCCUCAGAGAUCAAGCUUCAGUCUUUGCAAGCAGAAAAUACAGCUUUGAGGAGUUCAACACAAGCCUCAGAGAUCAAGGUUCAGUCUUUACAAGCAGAAAAUACAGCCAGAAAGGUUGCCUUUUCAGCUGGACUUUUAAACUCUGGACCAAAGAACACUGGACCCUUUGAAGAAUCAAGAACUCUGGUCUACCAAAAAAUCUUCAGUAACAUUGGAAAUGCAUAUGAUUCAAACACUGGCAUUUUCACAGCACCAGUAAAAGGAGUCUAUUUCUUCAGAUUUUCUGGUCAUUCACAUUCAAUUAAAAAAAUGGCGGUCAGUCUUUAUAAGAAUAAUGAAAAGGAAUGCUCAGUGUAUGACAAGACCGAGAGCACUCCCAUUGGUAACGGCAGCAAUGGUGUUGUUCUUACACUGGAGAAGGCCGAUAAGGUGCACACAGAGCUGUGGAAAGACAGCUGGGUUUAUGACGAUGAACAAACCUUCACCAGUUUCAGUGGUUUCAUGCUUUUCCCUUUAUAAAUCUCAGACUCUUUAGCCCACCAGAGGAUGUGAAAAGUUCUAGAUAAACAAUAUUAACAAUGUUUAUAUAUUACAUAAACAAUAAAACAGCCUUGCAAAUUAAAAAUCUAAUUUAGCAUCAUCUUAUUAUUACCGUUGAUGAAUAAAUGAAUUCCAGCGUUAUGGAUGUGACAUUUUCGGUCAAAACUUGAAAAAUAAAUUCUCAAAGAAUGUAUUUAUUACAACUGAAUGAGCGUGUGCCCAUUUAUGAGCGAUGUGAACCGCUAAUGAUGUGACAAUUCCCUUAUCUUAUUACAAAAAAAAACUAAAAACCCACAAUGCUUUUGUAUCGUUAAAGAGACACUUAACUUUGUUUUUUUUAACCACAAAUUUUAAACAUCUAGCCUAUCAGUAUGGUUUCAUGCUGUUAUAUGAGGUCUACUUAUGACGUUUGUGUGGUUUUUACAUCCAAAAACAUCAAAAUCAAUAAACAAUAGGCUAUUUUCUACCCAGGUUUUGAGGCCAGGUCUACAAACGCUUCGUUUUAAUGGGAAGUAAACGCCCACUGCUUUGAUUGCAUAAUAGUUUGCGUAGUUGGAGCCUUCUGUAAAUAUGGUUAGAGACGUAAUAUUCGCACAGGCUUAAGAUCACAGACAACAUCUGCAAUUAUUACAAAUGACUAGAGGUCCCCAUAAUACUAAUCUUGGGUGAAUAGUGCAGGGCACAUCAGGUGAUGUCUAACAACGUAAAGUGACGCAAGGUCAAACAUAUUUUACUCACAUAAGAUUGCUGCACCAUUCCUAUUGGAUCCAAUAUUCACGACAGCACUGUUUUUUAAUUUUAUUCAUUCCACAAUUCCAAUGUUGAUCUCUGCCUUGUUCACGAAGGAAUCCUCGGAGAAGUUAAACAUACAAACGAUUCAUGUUUUUCCCACAUGAGCUGGAACGUCUUUAAAAAUAAACUUUAACCAGCUAUUACUAAUAUCGGAAUCUGAAGGAAGGUUAUGCAACGACUGUAUUUUUCCACAACCAGGGAUGGCACAAUGUUCAGCUAUCUUUAACGGCAUGUUUGUUUAUUGCUUGCUCGCUAUAUCUAGUUCUGCGUCAUGUCAGAAUUGUCAUGCGCAAACCAGUGAGCGUGACUGGAGAAGUAGUCGUUGAUAUUUUUCUAUAGAGAGGGUGUUCAACCUAUUAAUGUCGUCAUAGAUAGGUGCAUUCCAGAACCUGGUGCUCGCUGGGCCUGGUGUUAAUAACAGAUGUAAUCUCAGUAACAAGGGGCUUUUCAGUUAUAACACUUAAAUAUCGUGUGAAUACGAUUCCCUCUUAUAUCACAAUUGCUAGGGUUAAAGUUAUGAUUUUAAUUCAUCACUCCUUUACAGAGUAAGUAGCAUAUGAUAAGGUCCUACUUUGGUUUAUGGAGAGUCCAACAACAAGUUUAUGUACAUAGAAGUUGUACAAACACUAUUAUGUUGUAAUAGUAGUAAAUUAU